AUGAAAUCAAAUCACCGCGACAACUCCACACGUAUUGCAUUACAAAGUGAAAUGAGUAGUGAGGAUCCGCGAGGCAUUAGCUUCGCGCAGCUGCAGGAGGAAGCGGAGACGGAGUCCGGGGCACCGCUGGUGGAGGAGGAGAUGCUGCCGUCCUCUUCCGACGACGACCUCGCCCUCGUGCUCUACACAUCGGGCUCCACCGGCGUGCCCAAAGGUAGAACGGCUGGUACUUGUUCCGUCUCUUUUGCGCGCAAUCCUGAUGCACCUGGAGAGUGGCGUACCUCUGCCAACCAGUCUCAAGUUGUGGGUCAACACAAGCUCUGCAAUUUCUACGGCAGUACCGAAAUAAUGGGAGACGUGACAUACCAUGUUCUUUCUGAACCUGAAGAUUUGGAACUCCACGUUACUGUACCCAUUGGUCUGCCAUUGGACAAUACAAAUAUUUACCUUCUUGACGAUCAAGGCCGUCCAGUUCCUGUAGGAGAACAAGGGCAACUCUUUGUAGCAGGGAGCAAUUUAGCCCUUGGUUAUGUUGCUGGACGAGACGCUGAUAGAUUUAUUGACAAUCCUUUUGCUGUAGACCCUGAUUAUUCUCUCCUUUACCGAACUGGUGACUAUGCUCGGAUUUUGAAAGGAACUAUUAUUUAUGAAGGACGCACGGACUCUCAAGUGAAAAUUAGAGGCCAUCGCGUUGAUCUUAGUGAAGUUGAGAGAAUUUUGCUGACGAAUAAGGAAAUCAAUAAAGGAGUUGUGUUGUGUUACAAACCAGGGGAAAUUGAUCAGGCCCUGUUGGCUUUUGUAACUGUCAAUGACAAAGACCUUACAGCAGCUGAUAUUGAAAUGGAGCUAAGAAAAAAUCUUACAUCAUACAUGGUUCCUCAGGUGGUGAUUCUUGAGACUAUCCCACUGCUAGUGAACGGAAAAACUGAUCGUCAGUAUCUUCUAAAAUACUAUGAAGAAUCCCUGAAGUGUGAUCAAAAUAUUUUAAAAGCGAAUUUGGACUAUUCUGGAAUUCCGGAGAAGAAAAUGGAUGCUGCGACUGUUUUGUUUGAGACGGUUGCUUCUGUACUUGGAUCUGCUGUUCGUUCCAAAAUUCAACGUGAGUCCAACUUCUAUGAACUGGGUGGAAACUCCUUGAACUCAAUCAGCACAGUAACACAAUUGAGAAGACAAGGAUUUGUUAUAGGAAUUACCGAAUUUAUUUCGUCCAAAACUCUCUACGAAGUCUUGGAACAUAUGCACCCAGAAGGAGAAAUUGAAUUAAGAUGUACACCCACUGCGGAUGCAAACAAAAAGAAAUAUUACGCUGAAUAUUUGAGUGAAGAACAUAAGAAGGAUGUGUAUAGUAUCAUAUCAGGCAGCUUCUAUGAAAAAGCGGAUUUGGAGCAGUGGCUAAUGCCAGAUAUUCAGCGAACUGACUACGUGGAAUUGCUAGAUAAACUGUGGAUACCUCUCGUUGAGAAGGAACUAAGUUUUGCUGUGAAAUCGGAAAAUGGUGAUAUUGUUGGAGUAGCAUUCAAUUUUGAUGCGUAUGAUGAACCUCCUGUGGAAAUUGAUAGCAAACUGAAUAUUAUCUUCGAUUUCUUGGAAUACCUCGAAGGCCCCGUGAGGGAAGAGCAAUUGCCUCAUGGAAAAGGACAUAUCCUACAUAGCUUUAUGAUGGGAACUCAUGAAAAUCUCAGUUAUCAAGAGAAUAUUGCAGUCAUGCAGUUUAUGGAAGAAGAAGUUUUGAAUGUUGCGAAAGAGAAGAAUUUUACAGGAAUAUUUACCACAAAUACCAGUCCUUUGACGCAGCAAUUGGGCAUUGACGUUUAUGAAUAUAAAGUCCUAAACAACUACCAAGUGAACAAAUAUGUUGCUCCUGAUGGAACAAAACCAUUUGGAGCUGCACCUGAUUGGCAAACAGCUACAUGCUGCUGGAAAGUAGUCUGAACUUCUCAAAGUGACUGAAAUUUUUGAAUAAUUAAUUCACUAAACUUCACAUAUUUGUCAAGACUCUGUCUUGCAUGCUGGUGCUGGAACUUGGUUCAAAUACCAAGUGUUAAUUCACUAAAUUCUGUUCUUUGGGGCAGUAGAAGUACCUGAUAAUGUCUUGGACAUGUGAAUUGGAGGCUUCUCGAGGUUUUCUUUGCUAAGUAAUGUAAAUAUAUGAAGUUCACCAAAUGAAGGAAACAUUGUACAAAUAGUCACGGAUAGCUUGGAAACCUUGUUAAACCUUAUGUUGCAGCUUAAUAUAUGAUUCAUUGUAAACUAAGUUUUGAUAUGGUUAUUAUAUUAUUCACGUUUUCAGUAUUCAGAUGUGACUGACAUGCACAGUAUUUUAUAGGUUUUAUCCAUAAGUUUAGAGCUUUAUUUUAUAAGGUCAAUACUACAAUGAUAAGACAUAAAUUUCAAAACUGCAAAUCAUUUGUGUAUUAUAUUUUAAAAUGUUAAAAUGAAAAUACAUUUCACUUCCCAACAUUGCGUUUAUUUGUAACUUAAAUUAAAAACAAUUUAUAGAAGAAUAAACAUUAUUCUGUAA